UGAGCCUCAACGUUCCAUUGCGGCAAUGUCGUGGUGUAGAGACGAACGUCGUCCGAUCUUUCGGUCUCGUCCGUGAACUUCGACUCUCAUAUUGAUCUGUUAUCUACAUGCUAACACUCUUGAGCCGUGUCGUUGCAAUUGAUUGACACAUCGUGAACGACUUCGAGGACUCAAAUAUUCCAUUGCAAUAUAUACUUCCCCCAUAUCAUCAGUUCCUCUAACACUCCUAUCCCCAUAUCAACCCCCCUCAUACUUGACUUAUACCCAAACAACAACCAUGGCAACCUUCCCCGCCUCCUGGACCCUUACUCCCUCCGCCCGCCUCGAAAUCUUCACCAGCCAAAUUCUCCCCACCGAACUGCAACCCUAUCUAUCCAACAACCCCCCUUCCCCAACCACAUAUACAACCAAAGACACCACCACCACCCGUCGCCGGCCCCUCGCCAUCCUAAUAGUCGGCCAAACCGGCGCAGGCAAGACCCGCCUAGCGCCCCUCCUCCGCCGCGCCAUGACCGCCUGCCACCCCUCCCACCGUUCCCCGGCCCACUUCAUAGCCGACACCUACAAGACCUACCACCCUCACUACGCCUCUUGCCUCGCCCAGUUCCCCCCGGCCCAAGCCUCUGUCUUGGCAGGACUGGACGCCCGCCUCUGGCUGCAGAUGGCAUGCCAGCACGCCGCUGAGGCCGGCAUCGAUGUCUUGGUGGAAUCUGCAUGCAGGCAUCCAGAUGACUUUUGCAAGCUUGUUGAGAUUUUUGCAAAGGCCGGGUAUACAGUGAAAGUGGCCAUCUUGGCGGUGCCCGAGGGGGUGAGCAGGUUGGGAUGUUUGGUCCGGUAUUGGAAAAGGCUACCGGAGGCUGGGUCGAGGGGACUACCUGUGAGACUGACGCCGAAGAGGGUGCAUGAUGAGAGUUAUCAGGGGUUGAUGGAGGCGGCGAGGUUCGUGGAUGAGAGUGGCGCUGUGGAUGGGGUAGUGGUCGUCAGGAGGGGGGAGGAGGUGGCGUUUUGGAAUGAGAGGGUUAGAGUGGAAGGGGAUGGGGAAAGAGUAGAAGGAGAAAGAAAAGGGGAGAGGACGAGGAGGUGGGUGAGGGAGCCUGCUGGGGGAGCGUUGAAGGCGUUGGAGAUUGAGAGGGCUAGGAAGCUGUCGGUAGAGGAGAGGAGGAUCGUGGAGGAGGAUGUUGAAGUUUUGAGGAAGCUGGGGGAUCCAAAGGUGGAUCUAGAGAUUGAGGAUAUUCAGGCGUUGGUGGAUGGUAUCGGAGCUGGGUUUACUGGGACAUUUCCGCCUUUAGAGCCCUUUGAUGCGGAUAGGUUUGUUGGGAGUGUUGGGGUGAUGGCGAUAUCACAUUAAGGGCACAUUUAUCGCGAUUUACAGGAAGAACUCCUGCGUUCCAGUACGCAAAUACCCUGACAUGGUCCUAGGAGGUAAGAUCCGUAUGUCUGUCAUUUUCGGACAUCGCCCUUCCGUAGACUUCUCUCUCAACUAUGUCACUCCAUUGGGUAUACAGAGAUCUCGUCGCUCACACUUUUGUCGUCU